GUUAGGUCUGGUAGUGAAAGUUGAUUCCAUUAAAAACCCAGCAAACAGAUAAAUGAAUAGAUUUAUUCACUGACAUAUGCAGUGGUUGCAAACUCAAACUUGUAAGCAUGCACAUUAAAAUUCGCACCACUUAAAAACUAACCAAAUAGAUUUAUUCGUAACCAAUAACAAUUUAUAGCAGCAGUAUUAGAACGGUUACUGCUUGAAUGUGUUCUCAAUCCAAAUCAGAUUUACAAUUAACAAUGUUGAAUCUCCGAGAAAGUAAAAAUAUAAGAAGAAUCAUAUAUAAGUUUGGCCCUAGGUGUUUUGUGCCGGUGCCAAAAUGGAGUUUUAUAUCAUUUUGCCUCCGCAAGAUAUUUUCUACAAAGUAACAUUACCCAAACCCAUCUUCUUCCCCAACAAUGUAAACUGCUCUAUAAAGUCCCCUCCAGUUAAAAGUUAUGUUGUUCCAUAUAAAAUAUACUUCUGCAUGCUCUUGAAGACGGCAAUAUACGACAUAAAUACCACCACCAAUCAUGAACACAAUUGCUUCCUUAAAUGGCCCUUUCUCUCUCUUCCAAAAACUUGUAGCAUAACACAAGCCUAAAUGUGUCUCAAUUUUCUCUGUUUCGGUAAUGUCAACUUUGUCAAACCAACUACACAAAAAACAGUUAGUUUACCAAUGCAACAAAAAGGUUUUCCAUUUGAUUCGAACCGGUAGAUUAACCGAUGCGAGGUCAUUCUUUGAUUCCAUUAUUCACCGAAACACAGUUACAUGGAAUUCCAUGACCACUUGUUAUGUUCAACGGAGAUUUCAAAACACGCCAACUGUUUGAUGAAAUGCCCCACAAGGAUAUUGUGUCCUGGAACCUCAUCAUUUCGGGUUACUUUUCUUGCCGUGGAAGCAGGUUUGUUGAAGAAGGUAGAAAGUUGUUUGAUCAAAUUCCACAAAGGGAUUGUAUCUCUUGGAUCAAACUCUUGAGAUUUUUAAUUCUAUGCCACAACGGAAUGUUGUGUCGUCCAAUGCUUUGAUAAAUGGGUUCUUGUUGAAUGGGGAUGUGGAUUCUGCUGUUGGAUUUUUUAGGACUAUGCCGGAUAGGGAUUCGACUUCACUUAGUGGCCUUAUAUCUGGACUUGUUAGCAAUGGGUAUGGUCAGAGAGGAAUGGUUGAAGAGCCGCGAUGCCUUUUUGAUGGGAUCAUGAGUGAUGGAAAUGGGGGUCAAGGGAGAUUUAGGAGAAAGGUUGUAUCAUGGAAUUCGAUGCUGAUGUGUUAUGUGAAAGCAGGAGAUGUUGUCUCUGCCAGGGAACUCUUUGAUAGGAUGAUGGAGCGAGAUGUUUGUUCCUGGAACACCAUGAUCUGGCUAUGUUAAGAUUUAGAGUAAUUUUUUCAUGAUCCAAUUCAUGCUACUUAAGUAUUAUGUGGCAUCAAUAAAUCUAUUAAAGUUACCCAUCAAACACUAAUUAAAUUAUCACAAGAUAGUUACACUUUUCAUUUCCACCCGAUGUAAUUAAUUCUAAAUCUUCUGAAUUGAGUGAUUUUCUCUUA